UCCAACGUCCAAUAAGCAAAAGCAAAAGCGAAGAAGGUGGUGUGUGCUGCUUUAUUCAAACCCAUUAUUUUAUUGGGGAAGGGAAAGGAAGGGAAGUGGGGAGAGCAAAGGAAUAAAGCAGCAACUGUUUGGGGGAAAGGGAAGUCGUGACAAGAAGAUCAGGAUUGGAAUCAAUGGUUCAAUCCCUAGGGAGGACAAAUAAACAAUAUGCCAAGCCCAGGAAUGGCCCCAACUUGGCCCUGGCGCCCACGAGGUACCUUUGGCAAAAAGGCCGGACUUUUUGUUAAGGGGACGGAUCCUGCUCCCAAGUGGAACCCUGAGGAGAUCCCAUGGGCUGAGAUCGGAGUUGACUAUGUUGUUGAGGCGACUGGUUUGUCCACUGAGAUGGUCAAGGCUGCUGCUCACUUGAAGGGUGGUGCAAAGAAGGUCAUCAUCACUAAUAUUAGCAAGGAUGUACCUAUGUAUGUAUUUGGUGUGAAUGAGAAGGAAUACAAGCCAGAGAAUGACAUUGUUUCCAGUGCUAGCCUCAUCACCCACCACCUUGUUCCCAUUCUUGAGGUUCUCCAUGAGAGGUUUGGAAUGGUUGAGGCUGUUAUAAAGAUUCACGACUCAACCAUUGCUACACAGUAUAUUGAUGGACCAUCAACGAUAGAGUACAUGGAUAGAAGGCCUGCUUUUUUCAACCCAGUUCCUAUAUUCACCAGUGGUGCUGAAGUUCUCUAUGGCAGUUUUGGAAUUGGCGGGCAUCUUAUGCCUUCACUCAACACCUUCUUUGCCAUCGCUGAUGCUGUCAACAUAAGCUCAGUGGAGUGGAUAGUUCUUGUUUUCUCGCAAAUUGGAUGUGUGAUUUUGGUGUCAUUAAUCUACUUGGCCGUUGGAAAAGUUCUUGCCUACCUUUAUGGUAAAUUAACUGGAACGGUCUCCCAUGAUCCAACUAUGGAUGGAUCAAUUGUUGUUCUCACUGUCAGGCUUGAGGAGCAGGCAACUCUUGAGGACAUCAAAGCAGCUAUCAAGGAGGAGUCUGAGGGAAAGUUCAAGGGGAUUUUGGGCUACGUUGAAGGUGCUCAUUCCAGAGACUUACCUAGUGACAUAAGGUCAAGUAGUAUUUUCAGCACCAUGUUCACUGCUUGUUUUGCUUUGAACAAUAAAUGUUUCAAAUUCAUCUUCUGCUGUGACAACCAGUGGGGUUAUAGCUGUCGUGUAAUUGACUUGAUUCUCCAUAUGGACUCUGUCCAAGCUCAAAGCUAAACUAAUUUCAGGCGAUCAAUAUUUCCCGUUGCCGCAAAUAAACCUAGAUGUUACUUAUGACGACCUUUAUGUUAUGUUUCUAAUAUUUCCAUAGGAAAUACCGUAUGCUCAUGUUGAACUUACUUCCGAAUUUUUUGAAUUGUUUUCCCCUUUUUAGUACCACCAAAUUUGAAGCGGAUCUGAACAUCGUAUA